AUGGCGCAAAGUACGAUCCGGGGAUUUGCAAAAGGCGUGCUCCGUAAUAUUAUGGGCAACCAGCCACAAAGAUCGCCUCUUCCCCAAAUCAUGGGGGACCUGCCGAUGGGCUGGGGACGACAGCGCCAGACAAACCAGGGUAUCCUGCGCGAAAUUAGCAAACAACCUCCUGGAGGGGAUAUCUGCUCAAUAUCAGGAGCGAUUAGCGUCAAGGGCCAGCUGACGGCUCAGCAUGGCAGCACAGUUGAAUAUCGAACUCGGAAUAGGAACAUGUCGACACAAUUCACAGCAAAAGAUGGAGCUGGAAGUGGUUUCAGCGGUGCAGUCGGUGCAAGCGGUUCUUGA